UUAAUUUAAGCCCCCUAAGAAUGGAAUGGGGGAAAGAGAUGGCCCGUGAAAUCCUGGCAUUGCCUCAGAGUUUGGACGGAGAAGAGAGAGAGAGAGAGAGAGAUGACUCCUCCUCCUCCUCCCUCUUCACUUUUCUCUCACUAACCACCACCAUCUCUGCAAUUCCGUUGUUAAUGUAAUCCUCAUAAUUUUCAUUCAAUCUGGACGCUGCCUGCCUGCCUGCAUUUCCAUGUAAUGUAAUCCUCCUAAUUCAUUUCUCCGUUGAUCAAUCUGGAAUUAUAUUCAUUAUUGUCUCUGCAAUUAUACUCUCUACUCUGUUGUAGCCUCGAGCAUAUACUAUAUUAAGGUUGAUUUGUAUUAAUAUGUGAAAUCAAGGCCUUUCCAUGUCUAUGUAUGUUAUAAUAAUGUGUUGGAGGAGGAGGAUGAUGAAGAAUGGCUAAUCUAUGUUUCAAUUUCCUCUGAGUCAGUAGUCGACUGACUGAGAUUAUUCAUUCUGUCUCUCAGAGGGAAUUAGUUAUAAACAGCUGCUGCUGCUGCUUGUUCUUUCAUUAUUCUUUAAUUUUGAAAAAAUAGAAGAAGAAUAAAAAGGAGAGGUUUUUCAAAUAAUACUUGGUACGGUACGGGACUAGUUGACAAUGACACGGGGUAGGAUACGAGCCAAGAUUCGCAGAAGCCAUCUUUAUACAUUUGCGUGCAUUCAUCCUCAUGCUGCUGCUGCUGCUUCUUCUUCUGAAGGAGAGGAGCCGUGCCAAUUCGACGGCCCUGGAUUCUCCAGAAUUGUCCACUGCAACCAACCUAAACUCCAUGAAAAGAAACCUUUUAAAUAUUGUACCAACUACAUAUCCACAACAAAGUACAAUUUCCUCACCUUCCUCCCAAAGGCACUCUUCGAACAGUUCAGACGUGUUGCCAAUAUCUACUUCCUCUUGGCCGCGGCUCUCUCCCUUACAGAUAUCGCUCCCUUCUCCGCAGUCAGUAUGAUUGCCCCUCUCGCUUUUGUCAUCGGUCUUAGUAUGGCAAAGGAAGCUCUGGAGGACUCGCGCAGAUUUAUUCAGGACAUGAAGGUUAACAUGCAUAAAGCUACUUAUCAUAAAGGAGCUGGGGUAUUUGCUCAUAAACCCUGGAUGAAACUUCGAGUAGGAGACGUCGUCAAGGUGGAGAAGGACCGAUUCUUUCCCGCUGAUCUACUUCUGCUGUCAUCAAGCUAUGAGGAUGGUAUCUGUUACGUAGAGACAAUGAAUUUGGACGGGGAAACAAACCUUAAAGUAAAAAGAGCUUUGGAGGUAACCUUAACUUUAGAUGAUGAUGCCAGUUUUAAGGAAUUCACAGGAAAGAUCAAGUGUGAAGACCCCAAUCCCAAUCUCUAUACUUAUAUGGGCAAUUUUGAGUAUGCUCAAGAGGUUCAUCCUCUGGAUCCUAAUCACAUUCUCCUAAGAGAUUCAAAACUUAGGAACACAGCUUAUAUUUAUGGCGUGGUAGUGUUCACCGGACAUGAUAGCAAAGUCAUGCAAAAUGCAACCAAAUCUCCGUCCAAAAGGAGCAGGAUCGAAAAGCAAAUGGACAAAGUCAUUUAUAUUCUCUUUAGCCUUCUUGUUUUUAUCUCAUUGAUCAGCUCAAUAGGAUUUGCUGUAAACACUGGAUAUGAGAUGCCCAACUUCUGGUAUUUGAGGCCCUAUGUCGAUUCAAAGCUAUACGAUCCCACUAGACCAGCUUUGUCUGGCUUUUAUCAUUUGAUCACUGCCCUUAUCCUCUAUGGUUACUUGAUCCCAAUAUCACUAUAUGUUUCAAUAGAGGUUGUAAAGGUCCUGCAAGCAUUCUUCAUGAAUCAAGACAUCCACAUGUAUGAUGAGGAGACUGGAACACCUGCCCAGGCACGGACUUCAAAUUUGAAUGAGGAGUUAGGCCAGGUGGAUACCAUCCUUUCUGAUAAAACUGGCACCUUAACGUGCAACCAAAUGGAUUUUCUCAAAUGUUCCAUCGCCGGAUGCUCAUAUGGCACACGACCAAGUGAGGUUGAACGUGCAGCUGCAAAGCAAAUGGCCAUGAACCUUGAAGAUGACGAUGAUCCUGAUAUAUGCCAAAAUGAUAUAGAUGCUUCCCAGAUUGAACUUGAAACCAUUGUCACUUCCGAGACUGAAAACGAUCAAAGACGAGUCAUAAAGGGAUUUAGCUUUGAGGAUAGCCGUCUCAUGAAGGGAAGUUGGAUGAAAGAACCCAAUUCCGAACAAAUUCUGUUAUUUUUCAGGAUACUUUCUAUCUGUCACACUGCAAUUCCCGAGAUGAACGAGGUGACUGGUGAGAUGACUUAUGAAGCCGAGUCUCCAGAUGAAGCGGCCUUUCUUGUUGCUGCCCGAGAAUUUGGCUUUGAGUUCUGCAGAAGAACACAGUCAAACAUCUAUGUUCAAGAAAGAUACCCUUCUUAUGAUAAUCCAGUCGAAAGGGAGUACAAAAUUCUUGGACUCUUGGACUUCACUAGCAAGAGGAAAAGAAUGUCAGUUAUGGUGCGGGACGAGGAUGGCCAGAUUUUUCUCUUCUGCAAAGGGGCGGACAGCAUCAUAUUUGACCGGUUAGCAAGAGAUGGAAGAGCUUACGAGGAAGCUACCACUAGGCACCUAAAUGGAUACGGAGAUACUGGAUUGCGUACAUUGGCACUUUCCUUUAGGAAACUUGACGAGGAAGAGUUCACAUCAUGGAAUGGAGAGUUUCUCAAGGCAAAAACUGCCAUUGGGAAUGAUAGGGAGGCAAUGCUAGAAAAGGUUUCAGAUAUGAUGGAAAAGGAUUUAAUCUUGGUUGGUGCAACUGCUGUAGAAGACAAACUACAGAAAGGGGUUCCCCAGUGCAUAGAUAAACUGGCUCAAGCUGGACUUAAGAUCUGGGUUCUAACAGGUGACAAGAUGGAAACUGCAAUCAAUAUAGGGUUUUCUUGCAGUCUUCUUCGUCAGGGGAUGAAGCAAAUCUGUAUAUCAUCAACAAAUACAGAUGCCUUAGAGCAAGAACCUAAAGAGGCCAUCAAGGAGAACAUUUUGCUGCAAAUCACAAAUUCCUCCAAAAUGAUAAGUGUUGAGAAGGAUCCUCACGCCGCAUUUGCUCUGAUUAUAGACGGGAAAACAUUGGUUUAUGCUUUAGAGGAUGACGUGAAGCAUGCAUUUCUGAAUUUAGCGGUUGGAUGUGCAUCUGUCAUAUGCUGCCGCGUUUCUCCUAGACAGAAGGCCUUGGUGACGCGAUUGGUUAAAGAAGGGACUGGAAAAACAACAUUGGCAAUUGGUGAUGGUGCAAAUGAUGUUGGAAUGAUCCAAGAAGCUGAUAUCGGUGUAGGCAUCAGCGGUGUUGAGGGAAUGCAGGCGGUGAUGGCUAGCGACUUCUCAAUUGCGCAAUUUCAGUUUCUAGAAAGACUUCUUGUGGUCCAUGGACACUGGUGCUAUAAGAGAGUUGCUCAGAUGAUAUGUUAUUUCUUCUACAAGAACAUAGCUUUUGGGCUUACACUAUUCUACUUUGAGGCGUUUGCUGGGUUCUCGGGUCAAGCUAUUUAUGACAACUGGUAUAUGCUUCUGUUCAAUGUUGUACUGACUUCGUUGCCAGUGAUUUCACUAGGCGUAUUCGAGCAAGAUGUUUCUUCGGAGAUUUGUUUACAGUUCCCUGCACUUUAUCAGCAAGGACCAAACAACUUGUUCUUUGACUGGUAUAGGAUAUUCGGGUGGAUGGGUAACGGGCUAUACGCGUCGAUUGUGAUAUUCUUCGUGAGCAUAUUGAUCUUCUUCGAGGAAGCAUUCAGAGGAGACGGGCAGACGGCAGACAUGUGGACGGUGGGGAGUGUGAUGUUCACGUGCAUAAUCUGGGGAGUAAACGUGCAGAUAGCGCUGACGAUGAGCCACUUCACAUGGAUACAACAUUUCAUAAUAUGGGGAAGCGUUGUAUCAUGGUACAUAUUCCUUUUCCUGUACGGGAUGUUGUCUCCUGUUCACAGCGGGAACGGGUACCGGCUGCUGAUGGAUGUGCUUGCCCCGGCCCCAAAAUUCUGGGUGGCAACCAUCCUAGUAACAAUCCUAUGCAACCUUCCCUAUUUGACGCAUUUGUCUUUCCAGAGGUCCUUCCGACCCAUGGACCAUCAUGUCAUCCAAGAGAUUAAGUACUACAAGAAAGACAUUGAGGACCGCACCAUGUGGAACAGAGAGCGCUCUAAGGCCAGACAAGAGACCAAGAUUGGGUUAUCCGCCCGGGUAGAUGCCAGAAUGAGGCAAUUCAAAGACAAGUUAACAAAGAAGUAUUCCACAAUUGGUGUUUUGCCAUCUUCAUUGUCCCCUCACCAUUAAUCUUAAUCUAAUCUAAUCCUUUUUCUUACCUCAUUUUUUAACUAAUACUUUCUCUCCUCUCCUCUCCUCUCCAAACUUAUAUUAUACUCCACUUGUGUUUAUAUAUAAUUUGAAAUCUCCAUGAUUAUAAAUAAAUGUAAGUUGUCA